AAUAUGUAACACUUAAACCAGUUUUUAGGAAUGGCCGAAGCCAGGCUUGCAGUAGCCUUUCAGGUCCAAGUAACAGAUGAAGGUGAAUUUAAAGUCCACUUGGACAGAAGAAUACUUCAUGACGUGUACAGAUCCAUUAAACGUGUAAUCAAGAGGAAGAUAUUCAAGUCCCGUAAUGCUGCCAUACAGAGUGUAUUUCCAGCAACCGGAAUUUCGUGGAGUUUCUUCUUUGUGGUGUUUGGAGCGAUGCAGAUUUUAGGGGAGACUUCCGACACUGAGAGUGUUAUUCAAGAAAAGAUACCGCAAUUUGGCAGGUUAGACCCAGUUACCAGAACAAUCCUGGUAACUCUAGUCAGUACCACACUUCUCUGGCUGGUCUGGUCAUUCUUCCUCCGCAACUUCCUCAAACUACUCCUCACUUACCAGGGUUGGAUGUGGUCUCCUCAUGGUGCGACAGUGACGACGAAGCCCACCUUCCUUGAUAAGCUAACCGAACCUUUGAUAUAUCUCAUGACGGGGAAGCGAACCCUGCCGUGGAAAUUGUCGAUAGGAGUAAAAGCCUGGAUGAUGACUUGUAAGAUUAUAAUGGGAAAGCGUCCUAAACUGAUGUCAUUACAGAACUGCAUGCCAAGUCUACCCGUACCUUCUGUAGCGGAUACCAUGAAACGGUAUCUGUUGACUGUUCGACCGUUUGUGAACGACGAGGAAUACACAAGACUCCAAAACUUAGCUGAAGAGUUUAAGAAUGGUCUUGGUAAACGAUUGCAGAGAUACCUGUGGGUCAAGAGCUGGUGGUCCUCCAAUUAUGUGAGUGACUGGUGGGAACAGUAUGUUUAUCUACGUGGCAGAUCUCCGCUUAUGAUAAACAGCAACUACUACUGUUUGGUAAGUACUAUGAAACGAAAGUAG